AUGAUGAUGGCGCAGCCGUUUCCUGCCCAUCAAGGCAUUCCUCAGCACCAUGGUCUUCCUCCGGGUCACCCGCUGGCCGCCGGUCAACACCCGAAUGCCCAUCCCGGGGCGGGAAUGGUUCAACAAGUCCACCCUGGGGUGUCGGCGUCGGGCGGACCUCAAGUCACUCAGGGUGGACCGAUGAUGGGCGGAAUGCCUCCUGGCGCAGGAACAACUGCCCCUGGAGGUCCCGUACAGGCCCAUGCUCUUUCUCAUCUGGGACCGGCUCAGGCCCAUCUGUUCCAACAACCGCAUUUUGCUCAGAAUUUUGCGAACAACCCUCAACUUUUGCAGCAGCAUCAGCAUCAGCAACAACUCAUUAGACAGCGAAUGAUGUAUCAACAGCAACACCAGCAACAACAACAACAGCAGCAACAGCAACAGCAGCAGCAGCAUGGCGGACUUCCGGUAACGUUACCAAAUGGCACUCAGAGCAUCAAUCCCGCCCAACUCGCUGCCAUGCAGGCCCCGGGGAUGCGACCGGUGAAUUUGCAGAUGCAGCUGCAGCAGAUGCCUCAUGGGCAACCCCAGAACAUUCCUCAGCAACACAUAUUCGCGAUGCAGCAGGCGCAACAGGCCCAGCAGGCCCAGCAGCAAGCGCAUCAAGCGCAGCAGGUUCAGCAGCCCAAUCCAGCGGGACAGCCGGGACAGCAGACACCUCAGCAGCGGGCGUCGGCUCAACCCCAACCCGUGCACGAUGCGCAAAGCGUCACCCCCCAGCCCCAACCCGGACCGCCACCUCACCAGGGCAGUAGCACACCGCAGUCCAAUCCGCCACAGCCGCCGGCCUCCCAGCCGCCCCCUCAACAACCUGUCGCUCCUCAGCCUCAGCCCACCCCGAAUCCGCCACCUCAGCAAUUGCCGCAGGCCCAGCAACCCGGCCCACAGCCGCAGCAGCCGCAGCCCCCCCAAUUGCAGCCGCAGCCGCAGCCAGGUCAACCGGGUCAGCAGGGCCAGCAGCCGGGUCAACAGCCGCAGCAGCCAAUGACGGCCCAGGAGGCCCAACUCAAGGCUCAGCAGCAACAACAGCAGAACAAUGCCGCCAUGAUGAUGCAGCAGCGCAUGGGAAUGAAGGGCGCCACUAUCUUAUGUCUCAGUAACUUCGCCGAACACUUGAGUAAUUUCACCAGCCGUGGCGAGGCCCUUGAUUUGCCGUAUUGGAAUUCUUUCGUGGAACGAUUUUAUUCGCCCAACGGUGUCCUGCGACAAGGCGUGUACAACCCGCAGUCCGGUUCGAAGCAGUUCGAGAUCGCGACGCCAGCUCUCGCGCGCUACUAUUUGACGCAAUUUACCAGCGGCAUUCGUCAUAUUCAAAUGGUUGUCGAAGCCGCGCGGGAGAGGGAUUCGCCUAACGGUGGCCACAUCGUUGAGAGCACCAAAACGUCGUUCAUCUAUUGGUUCGCAAAUGACACUCAGCUCUUCACCAACGGGACACUAAGGGCCCACUUCGAUAUGAGCAACAAGAUCGAAAUGCUUGACAUUGUGGUCAUGAAUCACACCGAGUAUCUUCCGCGAAGUCAAUUGCAGGCGUUGGGAUCGCCCGACCUCAAGCAGAGCCCCAAGGUUUCCAAGAACAUGGGCAAGCGUGGUCAGGCAAAGCAGCCCCCGCAACCUCAAAUCCAGUUGCCCGAGUCGAUGGUAACGCCGAAUGGCGUUCCCACCGCUGUGAUGAGCUUCCUCGAGGUGGCCGAGACGAUUUCGCAAAUGCAAAUGCUUUUCCAGUUCUCGCAGCAAAACCCGCAACUAUCUCCGCCCGAUGCGCUGCGCAAUCUGGUCAACACGCUGCAGAUGCAGAAUCCGAACCCCGGCUUCAUGCCCAGCCCCAUGAACCCCGCCAUGCAGCAGGUGCAAAACCCGCGGGCUCCUAGCAUCGGCGGGCCCAAUCAGUUCGCAUCGCCGGCCAUGGCUCACCUGGGUCUGCCGGGCAAUCAGGGAUCCCCGCACCUGAGUGGCUCGGCUCAGCCCAGCCCGGCCCAAAGCCAUCUGGCUGGCCCUCCCGGGAUGGUGCCUCCCGGCCAGGUGCAGCCCAACGUUGCUCAGGGGAACAGCGCUAGCGCCAGCCCCAACGUCAGCAACAAACGGCGACGUGCCAGCACCGUGAAGAUGGAGGACGACGGCGGAGCGGGCGAUGUCAACGGAGCCCCCGGUCCCGGCCCCAAAACGGUCAAGGCCAGUCCUCGAGUUGGGGGGAAGAGACAAAAGGGGUCCAGCUAA